AUGGCUGCUUCAUUCGAGUUAAGAGCUCGCAAGUCCAUAUCUGCUUUCGAGAAGGCGAGCCUAGCGAAGCUAGCGUGGCUGAGGAAGAGCCAUAGCGGAGUGAUACAACAGAAUACCCAACCUCCAAAUAGAGGCAAGCCAUUUUCAUGCUGGGAUGAACUUCCAGUCGAAUUGGUAGUGAAUAUAUUUGGCCUCUGCCGACUCCAGGAUCUAGGAAGCUUGCUUCUUGUGUGCCGGAAAUUUUGGUAUCUGCUGCAGAUUCAUGAAGAGGCUAUCACAAGAGAGUACUUGCGUAUUCGACGGCAUGGCACCUUGCCAUCGCGGCACCAUAAGCCUAGCCAUUACACACGGGCACCCGAAGAUGAUGUGAUACUUCUUUCCGAUCUAUUCCCACCUUUCACGGAUGAUUUAAGUCGUCGGGAGCGUUAUUCGUUUAGAUACCUUGCGGAUUUACGACGGAGACAGGAAGUCUGCUCGAAAUUAUCGUAUUACCUUGCAGAUCAUGUUCUAGAUCGAUUCAUGGAGGAGAACCCUGCCUGGGUGAAGACUGUAUCCCACCUCCCGAAGCAAACACAGCAAAAGAUUAUGGAGCGUGGCAGCGCCCUUCUUCAGUCAAAGCUUACUCCACUAAUGCAAGUCAUAUUCCCGUUUUAUACCAUGUACUUUCUCAAAAAGUACGAUGAGGCCCGACUUGAGCUUCAAGAAUCUCUUUAUGAAGCGUACGAGGCCGGAAAGCUGCCGGUUCCAGUCCAACCUCGUGACCGCUCAAUUAUGUAUCGAGCGCUUCAAACCAAGAUCCUCCAAGUUUACCCCUUUGUCGACUCUCGCGCGCUAAUAUCUGCUCACCACUGUAUACGACUACUAAUCUUUUCACUUCACCGGGUACUUGUGGCAGAGACUCCUGUCAGGACAUCCUGCGAGAAAUUCAUCAUUAUGCUCCUGUCAACAUCAGGCCUAGAACGAGUGACCGAAUUUUUUGCCGCUGAAAAGGGCGGAAGCAAUCAGCGCGCGAUGAGAAAGGAGUUUAUGCGUAAAACGCAGUUGGAUUGGGACAUGUAUAGGAACGACGCCAAAGCACUAAAGGUGUUUGAUGCCUUGAGCGGUGAUUGCCACUAUCCGCCGUUAAUGACUGAAAUAUGGAUUGGGCCAGCAAUCGAGGAGAUUUCCAGACGGGAACUACUCAUACAGCAUCCCAACGAAGACUAUGUGACACUGUGGAAUGAUGCACAUAUCAGCCUCGGCUGUAGUUACUGUGCGAGGACAAAUGCUAAAAUCAAAUGGCAGGCAUGA